GACAAGCAGACGGCGAGCGAGAGGAUGCUGGCUUACUGGGUCAUAGUGCUGCUCUGCCACCGUGCCUCUUCAGCAGAGAAUCUCCUCUACAAAGAGUCCGGUGAGAGUGUCACCCUGAGGUGUUUCUCCGAAGGAUGUUUCCAACGCACAGGGCCAGACGUCUCUGUGAAGCUGUACCACGAAUUUAUCACACGACACGAGGUGCUUUACUGGUACAGCAGGUCUCAUGAAAGCUCGCCAAGGAAGAGAAACGUUCAGGUCGAAGGAGUUUUCAUCAGUCACAACGUCACCAUCAGCGGCCUGACGGUGAGCGACUCUGGAGUCUACACCUGCGUCUACAGCAAAGGCCGUGAAUAUCAGAGCAAGUGCAACGAGUACACGCUCGUUGUGAGAGGACGUCCGCCGUGUGCAGAAACCCAGACGGUGUACCGAGACUGUCUCAUCGUGUCCUGCUUCAUCGUCGCUGUGCUUGCGAUCGUUGUUUUCUUCCUACUGAUCAUCCCCAAGGUGAAGAAGAGGCUGAACCGCAGAAGACAGACCUGUCCAGAGUUCACUGUGUACGAAGAGAUGACCAGGAAAAGCUUUCAGCCUGCGGAAGCUGCAGAGCAAUCGACGCCAAGCAAGUAUGAAUUAGCCUAAUGUGGCCUCCGCGUUGCUUUUUCCUUUGGAUGCACAAAGAAACGGGAUUCCUGGAUUCAUGUGCAACAUCCAGUACCCAAAAUCUGCAUCGAUGUCGUAAAGAUAAUUCUGAUUAGAGUGACGGAAAAGUAAUACAAAUAUUACUGUUAAACUUCUAUGAACUGGUUAAAUUCAAAGCAGUCGUGUGAUAAUUAUCUUUAUAACCUCCAACAAGGCCGAGGAAGUUCUGUCUUCGGUAGGGUUUGUUUGUCUUUUAGCAACAUACCUCAAACAGUUAUGGAUGGAUUAUGUUGAAAUGUUCAGGAAACGUCCGAAAUGGGACGAGGAACAAGAGAUAAGGUUUUGGUAGAGAUCCGGAUUAAAUCAUGGAUUCUGAAUUGAUUUGAAAUCUUUGUUAACAUUACAGUAAACGGGAAGCAAAAUUUCACUGAGCAGUAUCUCGGUCUAAAAUAGCAGGAAUGAUAGGAAAAAUGGCUGACUCUAGCACAAUGGCAUUAGCAACCUUUUUUUUAAAGUUUGAUCCAAAUUCUGGCAAAAUUGUGAUUAAUACGAUCCAUAACAGAAAAUAAUAGGAGGUCUUUGGUAUUUUCAUCGCUGUAACGGAGCAUAAAUAAAUCCUGGGGGCAAAGAACAGAUAUGUUUUAGUAUAUCCGACUGUUAACAAGUGUCCCAGUUUGUUGUUCUUCUCUGAGCAGUCUGGGACCGGUGGUGCUGCUGAGGGCUGUGUGGGUGGUUUGUGAAACUACGAGAGGGCAAAAAUAUCCCUUUAAAGAUCAGACUGGUAGUGAAGGGUUUAGAAAUGAUGGUUAGUGUCAAAGCGCACAGUCUGCACGCAAUAUGAUGAAAGACGUACGAACAUAUUUUGAACAGAUAAAGGCAUGAAUGUAUAUUAAUCAAAGAAUUUCAUGCGUAGAUUUUUCUUUUCUUUGUUUUCUCCACUGCACUCAGUGUGUUUCCAGUACUAAAUACUUCUUAUCCCUGGUCAUGAAAGAAGACUGUCAGAAAUUAUGACAGAAUCAACAAUAGAAAUGGUUUUAUCUCAGUGUGGUCUCUUCACGCAUGUGUCUCCAAACAAAUUCAACAAAGAAUGGCUUGAUGUUAGCUAAAUGACAUUUCAUGUUUGAUAAGUUCUUUUUUUUUUUUAAACAAACAUGCUGCACUAAACCACUUCCCUACAUGCAUGUGGUUCAGGGACAUAGUAUAUACCCUGUAUGGAUCCACACUAUCUUAAGCACUGACUGAAGGUGAUUUCUACAUUAUUCCUCACUAUCAGCACCAAACAUAAGCAAAGUAGCAGUUUAAACAUUAACAAAGCCUGACAGACACUGGGCCAAUCAUGUUCUCCAGCAUGUGGAUGACGCCCAGAUGAAAAAAUGUAUAUUAAACGGACUCAUUCAAAGUGUUUUAUCAAAGAAAGCUACUUUUCUUUUCAUCAUUGAUGCUUUUCAUAACUGUUUCCUCUUUUGUGGACCAUCGCGUGUGAACAUAUUGCAAAAUGUGACUUGCAAAACCUGAAACUUGUCAACAGGAUGUAGAGGGGGAACAUUUAAUUGUAGUUAUGAGCAGUUUCUUUUGAUUGCUCUGAGAGAGGGUCUGUUGAGAAUGCAUGAAAGCCGAUAGUGACUUUUUGACAUGAGACUUUACAUUUAGAAACAGUCACUGUUCUUUUAGUAAAUGCUCCAAAGUAGUCACUCGGAACUUUGGUGUGGCUUGUCUCGCCUACAAACUGUUAACUAAGAAUGCUCCGCGGGCCAUGUUGAACUUUGCUCCUGUUCUGCGACAGAAUACUUAUGAUCUCAGGAGACAUUAUUAUGAACUUGAUUGUCAAUUCUGUCAUACUGGUGUCAGUUCUGAGCUUUACCGAAGGUCUCCGUUUUCUCUCUGUGUUGCCAUAUUGAACAUUUUGCCAACAAACUGUGUUGUGCACCAUCCUACCUUGGGUGCUUUCAAGAUUUACUUGUCAAACUUUCCUGACUAUGUCCAAUUUUGUUCAUUUCCUCUGCAGUCACUGUAAUGACUAGGCCAACGGCUACAUGCCACGGCCAAUAUCAAUAAAAACUGUCUAC